AUGACGGAUCUACGUAGCGUUGAUGACACGCUAGAGUCCCCGAGAUCAAGAAUCUGCCAUUUGUACAAUGGCAUCAACUCAACUCUCGCCCCAGCUAAUAUAACACACAGUGUUUGCCAAGUAUGUGGUGAUCAGAGCUCGGGUAAACAUUACGGAAUACUUUGCUGUGAUGGCUGCUCGUGUUUCUUCAAGCGUAGUGUGCGCAAAGGUACUCUGUAUACGUGCAUCGCCGCAAAAGGCAAUUGUAUUGUGGAUAAGGCACGCCGCAAUUGGUGUCCAUAUUGUCGUUUGCAACGCUGCCUGGCCGUGGGCAUGAACGUGGCCGCCGUGCAAGAGGAGCGCGGACCGCGCACCCAAGAUGCGGUGAAUUUCCAAAUACUUGCACAAAUCCUAGUCACUUGUCUGCGUCAGGCUAAAUGCAAUGAACAAUUUCGUACACUAACCCCCACGCAACAGGAGGCUAUUUUGAAUGUCGUGUGGAAUGAAUGCUUUGUGUUGCGUGCCUCCCAUUGGUCGCUCGACAUAACGUCUAUGAUUGAUGCCUGCGGUGAUCCGCAAUUGCGGCGUGUUAUCGCUGAAGCGAAGCAGCUGCGCGCCGAUGUGAUGGAAUUGAAUUUUCUUGAAACCUUAAUACUUUGCCGGAAAGAAUUGGCCCUGAGCGCGGAGAAUGCAACGCUGCUGGAGAGUCAUGCAAAUGGCGCUUUGGUUUCGCUGGCCCGAUAUACCAUGCAACAAACGAACUGGCUGCGUUUCGGCACGUUGCUGCUGGGUUUAAGGCAAUUGACUCAACGCUGCUACGACAGUCUGCUCUCAUCGCUUUUUCGCACAGUUGUCAAAGACAUUGUCAAGAACUUGUGA